CGAGUCUCCAUCCUAGGCUUAGCAACACGGAGAUCCAAGCAGACCACCUGAGGAACGACCACUUAAGGGACCCACUUCAAAGGUUGAAAUGAUGGCGAUGACAAGGCCAUGGAGGAAAUUGUCCUCCAAUAUAGCAGGAUUGACUGCACGGGUGGCCUCAAUCUCGACCGGAAACACCGAUCACGCUUGGAUCUUCUCCAGCGAUGCGGCCAAAUCUGCUGGACACUCGUCAUUGUUGUCCAAGAGCGACACGGUCUUCCAAAUGGUGAGUGACACGGUGUCCCCGAAGAAUUGGGACGAAUACGUCAAACGAAAAGCCGGAUAUUUUGCCUUGUGUGAGGCCAAAUCCGAUUUCAAGUUCGAACAUUGCGGUAGCUGGCACUUUAUCUACGGAGAUGUGGGCUUUCGAGCCAUGCACUUGGUCAGUUACAAGAAGGGCUGGAACGACGUGGACACUACUCGAUUGGCCAUGAAACAUGAUGCCGAGUAUCAGAAAGAGUACCGAGGUAGCUUGAAGCUGCUCAAAAAUCAACAUAUUGAACUUCACAAAGGCUUCAGUUAUUGGCCGGAGCCGGAGAAGCGAUCUGGCCAGAACAUUUAUGAUGUUCGGAGCUAUAAAUUGAAGCCGGGAAGUAUGUAUGACUGGGGUAACUAUUGGGCCAAGGGCAUCAAGUGCCGGACUCGAGUGAGGGAUGAUAUCCCGUACGCCGGAUUCUUCACCCAAUUGGGCAAGAUUCACACCAUCUACCAUAUGUGGGUGUACUCGGAUUUGGCUGACCGGAAGGAUUGUCGAAUGGAUACUUGGACCAAUCCGGAAUGGAAUGAGAUCGUGGCCAACACGGUGCCGCUCAUCAAGAACAUGGAAACACGCAUUUUGGAACCACUUCCAUUCUCUCCCACUCAAUGAUCAUUGAUAAAUGACCUUUUAUUGCAACCUUCUGGUAGCCCUGCUACUUCCGACUGUUAAUAUUGGAAGGCGGGCAAUUAUGUUUUUACAUAUUGAAUUCUAUUUUUUGUGGAAGUGAAAAAAAGCUAAGGGAAAGCAUUAAACUUAUUGUCCGACAAAA